GAAAAGUUGUGUGUCGUCUGAAGUGAGCGAUGUAUGUUUGUUUUUACUGUCAGUACGAUUUGAUGUGUUGACAAGUUGUUUUAAAUUUGCGUAAUUUUUCUGUGUCGUCACAGUAAAACAUGUUGCACGGACUUUACGAGGUCGGAGCAUCAUAUAUUUUGAGCUUACAAAAUGGGUUGAAGCCACUGGAAAACAUAUUACUGAAAAUUUCAUCAGCAUCCGAUCCAGCAACAGUUGUAUCAACUGUUUUCCCCCUUGUUGUUGCAUUUGACCCACAACUAUCGGCUGAAGUGCUAAUUGUGUCAACAACUGCAGAAUGGUUAAAUACCCUGUUAAAGUGGCUGUUUAUGGAGCAUCGCCCAUAUUGGUGGGUGCGGGAACAGCAGUCGCACAUAAUGCUACAACAAACACACAUGACAUGCGAAACUGGCCCAGGUUCCCCAUCAGGACAUGUCAUGGGCACUACAGCUGUGCUGUAUAUCUUCCUGUGUUGGUUUAUUAAUACUGUACUGUUGCCAAGUACAGGAAAAAGUGCUGUAAGGAAAAUGCUGCUGAUAAUUCUCUCAUUGACUGCCUUUAUGGGGACUGUUGCAUUGGUUGCAGUAUCAAGAAUGUACAUAGCUGCUCAUUUUCCACACCAGUGUAUUCUAGGCUUUAUAUGUGGUGUAGCUGUUAGUUGGCUGGUAAAAAAACUGAAUUGGUGGAGGACAGCAGGCAGGCUUAAAUUAACGAUUGCUGCUGCUUGUCUUACGGCAGUUUCUGUUGUUUCUUAUUGGCUACAGAAAAUUGCAGGUGUGGACCCUCAAUGGUCUGUUUAUCUUGCUCUGAAGUGGUGCUUCCAAGAGGAAAAUGUUAACAUAACAACCACACCUCUAUUUUCUCUUGUCAGAGUGGCUGGCACUACAUUUGGGGUAGCUCUAUCUGCACCAGUUUUGAGAUUAAGGAAGAGCCAAAGACCAGUGAAAGCAUUUCUGGCAUCAUAUGUUGCUGCUCUGUUGAUUGCAGGUGCCUCUGAAACUGUUACAACAUCUAAUGUGUUUAUAUUUUACCCACUACAGUUUCUUCUGUUUACGCUUCAACCAUGGUUGCUGUUUAAAAUAAUACCGGAGGUGAUGUGAAGUUGAAGCUUUGGUUAUUGUUGCUGUUGCUUAUAUGAAGUAACCUAAUGUGUUGAAACAACUGAAAAUCAUUUGGAUUGCUGAGAUGCAGAAAUACCAUGAAGAUUGUUAGAGACUGCUUCCAUAUACGUAUUUGUUUCCAAGACAAAGGCAUAUUAGUUUAUGUCAGCAUGUUGUAUAAAUGUGUGCCUCAGAAUUCAUUCAAUUGUUGUAUUUGCUGUUCGUGUAUUUAUAGUGUAUUGCAUGUGUAUAAAUAUAAUAUAGAAUAAUUUCAAGUUACAUAAUAUUGAAAGUUGAAACAUGCACUUAUUGUAUGCACUAAAUCCACAGAGUGCAAUCAUCGCAUAAUUAUGAUCAUUAAUUUGUGAAUUUUUUGCAUUAGUUGUACAUUUUUGGUAAUAUUGUUUCUGUUUGAUUUUGCCAUAAGGUGUGGUUGAUCUAUGUGACUUAAUGUGUGAAAAAUAUGUGCUACUUAUCAGAUGAUAAUGUGACUUCGGGGAAAAACUCGUGUCAAAUUUUUGAGUUGAAAUGUUUUAUUCUGUGAUGUAGUUGUCAGAUCUUAUAAUUGUAAAGUCAAGGUUUAAAACUGUUUAAUGUGUCUUGUUUCAUCCUUCAGUGACUAUUCUGCUGAAAUUUUAUCACUCAUGAUAUCUUGGUACUUAACCUCAAAUUUUCUGUGUAGAGUGACUUGAUUGGAGACAUGAUAUACAGUUUCAAUACGAUGAACCAAACAGAUCACUGUUUCAUUUGUCAACCUGCUUCUGUGUGUGUGUGUGUGUGUGUGUGUGUGUGUGUGUGUGUGUGUGUGUGUGUGUGUGUGUGUGUGUGUGUUUCUUUCCAUUUUUACCUGAUAUCUCCCCAUGUGAAAUUAUAAACACUACUAAAUGUAACCAGUCAUUUAUUAUAACUAAAAACAGAACCCUAUAGUAAAUUCAGAAUAAAAAAUACAGUAAUUGGGUUACUUUGUGUGGCUGAUUGUAUCUGUGUAGUGCAUAAAGAGUCAAAUGUAAAUAUGUAGCCUUUAUUGUCAGUAAUUUAUCUAUUUACUUCUUCCAGCACACAUUGUGGUAUAGACCAGAACCCUUGUCCCAGGUAUCUGUUUUACAGUAAUUUUGCACUUGAACAGCUUUACCUGUGUGCAUGAUCAGUAUUCUUGGGAUAAAAUAUUCAGGGUAUUCAGAAAUUCCCAUUACAGACUUCUAGGACUUAUAGAGAGAAUGAGUACCUAACAUUUCGAAUAAGAACCCAUGUGUGGACAUGUCAUCCAGCCAUCCUACAGAACAUCAAAGUUAUAGGCACCAGCACCUGUAAAUGUAUAUAUAUACAGAAUGAUUCUGUGAUGAUGUUACAAACUUUAUAGGAUGACAGAGAAGGAUAAAUGUGUUGAGGUAUUGGUCCCUGUAUCAGAAACAAAUUAGUCGAAAGUUACAAGCGAAAACCGUUCUGAUACCUCUGACAGUGGAAUACGUGUACUGGUACUGUUGUCAAGAUUGUAGUGUAGGCAACUUUCAGAGGUGGUAUUGUGGACUAAAACAGGAAAAAAGCCUUUAAACAUCAGCCUUAAGAGCUAUGAGCACUCAUUCAAUAGAGGAAAUGUGUUUCACACUAGCUAAGAUGAACAAGUGCUCGUAGCUCCUAAGGUAUGCAUUUAGAGCCCAUGUCUACUGGACAUUUUUUAUUUCUUUUGGUCCAUACUACCACCUCUGAAAGUUGUCUAUCCUACAAUCUUAGCAGCAACAGUACCAGUACAUGUAUUCCACUGUCAGAGGUAGCAGAAUGGUUUUUGCUUAUGAUUUUUGACUUCUUUGUUUCCGGUACUGGCGCCGUGACCUCAAACUGAUACAUUUAUCUUUCUCUGUCAUCCUGGAAAGUUUGUAACAUCGUCAUGGAAUCAUCCUGUAUAUACAUACAUUUUUAGGCACCAGCACCUAUAAUUUUGAUGCUCUGUAGCAUCAUUAGUUGAUGUUUCUGGGCACAAGCUCCUGUUCAGGAUAUCAUGUACUCACUCUCCUCUACAAGUCUUAGAGGUUUGUACUGGGAAUUUCAGAACACCCAUUAUAAUGGGAAAUAGUUCAAAACCCAAGUAUAAAUUCUAACUAAAGAUCCUAAUCAGCCACAGCAAACUACACAUGCUACUACAUAGUUAACAAAUGCAUAUGCACAAGUCAAUUAAGUACACUGAAAUUUGCUGCUACCCCCAUAUGCUAAAAGUCUACAAAACAACCCGAGUGUACACUUCGUCCAUUCAGGUGGUAUUUUACACAAAGCAUCAUCUACAAAACACACAAAAAACUCAUCACAUCAUAUUGGUUUAGAGGUGCAAGUGUACCACUACUACCACUGAACAAAUAUUGAUCAUGAACUGAACUAGCAUGCACAGAUGUACUGGGUAUUGUCUGCUGUAGUAGUGUCUCAUCAGGUGUUUCUGAAUCGAAGUCACUUUCACUAGCCUCAACAUCCAUAUUGUGAAACCUUUCAGAACUGUCACUGAAAUUAUCAUCACUUUCUAAAACUAGCUGCUCUAUCUCCAAAUUUGAUAACUUCUUUUCACCAUUGCAAAAAAAAAAAAAAAAAA